AUGUCUUUUCCCUGGACUUUCAGAAUCAAGCGAUUCCUUUCCAAGAAACAAAAGCAGAAUCGUCCCAUUCCCCAGUGGAUUCGAAUGAAAACUGGUAACAACAUCCAGUACAACUCUAAGAGGAGGCCCUGGGGAAGAACCACACUGGGUCUAUAA